GUUACCUUCUCUCUCUCCCCUUCCUUUUUUUCUCUCUCUCUCGCACUGUUUAUUGAUGCUUUAUGACUUUAUCUAUAUAUGCCUCUCUGAUGCCGACGGGUGCUCCCAAUUUUCCGGCAAGCUUCAAACUUUCGGUCGCCGGCUCCGAUUUGGAUUGCUUUCCGGUAUGAAUCGUUUGCGACACCUCCUUUGUUGAUUUAGAAAUGCUAGAUCUACUCAUCGUGUCACACGUUCGAUCUAAAACCUGGUUCCACAAGAGGAAAAAAAAUCUCUCGCUUCGUUCCCACAAACACUAGUUAUAUUUCCAUUCCAAUUUCGCAAAACUUGAUUGUAAUUUUCGAAUUGUACAGCUAGAAUUUCUUUCUUUCUUUCUUUUUUAAUUUUUUUAAAUUUUAUUUUUAUAUUUCCUCUGUUGUUCAAUUUUCGUUGCCGGGUUUGCUAAGGUUGUACAGUUAGGGUUGGGGGUGGUUUUCAAGGAAAGAGCAGAUUUAGAAUCUGGGUUUUUGUUGGGAUGGAGGAGGAUAUGGAUAUAAAAAAGGGUCUCUGAUUGCGAUAUUGGCUGCAACUUCAAGGCUUUUGAGGUGUCGUGACCUCAACUGUGUCUGCAUUUGUCAGUAAUUUUCUGCAAUAUCAAGGAAGUGACAAAGUUGUGACUGUAACGUAAAAGUUUGGUAGUGAAAGGGGGGGAAAUGAGCAUGACAAUGGCAGAGGAAGAAUCUAGCGAGGAGGUUAAUGUUCCGGGUGAGAUUGAUUGGCAAAUGCUUGAUAAAUCCAAGUUCUUCUUCCUUGGUGCUGCUCUUUUCUCUGGGGUUUCUGCAACCCUUUACCCUGUAGUUGUGUUGAAGACUAGGCAGCAAGUGGCACAGUCCCAAGUAUCAUGCAUCAACACUGCAUUUUCAUUGAUUAAGGGUGAGGGUUUUAGAGCGUUGUACCGUGGGUUUGGGACUUCUUUGAUGGGUACAAUCCCUGCAAGGGCUCUUUACAUGGCUGCAUUAGAGGUUACCAAAAGCAAUGUGGGAACGGCCACUGUUAGGUUUGGUCUCGGUGAACCAACUGCUUCUGCAGUUGCGAAUGCAGCUGCUGGCUUGAGUGCAGCCAUGGCAGCACAGCUUGUGUGGACCCCUGUUGAUGUUGUGAGCCAGAGGUUGAUGGUUCAAGGGUGUUGUGAUUCUGGAAAUCCUAAAGCUUCGGCAUUUCGGUACAUGAAUGGGAUUGAUGCCUUCAGGAAGAUAUUGAGCAAUGAUGGGCUUAGGGGUUUGUAUAGGGGUUUUGGGAUCUCAAUUUUGACCUAUGCCCCUUCAAAUGCAGUUUGGUGGGCUUCAUAUUCUGUUGCACAGAGAAUGGUUUGGGGUGGAGUUGGAUACUACUUGAGCAAGGGCAAUGAUAAUGCAACUAACAGUGCUUUGAGGCCUGAUACAAAAACCAUGAUGGCAGUUCAGGGAGUCAGUGCAGCAGUGGCUGGUGGCAUGUCUGCUUUGAUCACCAUGCCACUGGACACCAUCAAGACAAGACUGCAGGUCUUGGAUGGCGACGAGAAUGGCCGCCGUGGACCCACCAUUAUGCAGACAGUGAGGAGUCUGGUCAGGGAAGGUGGUUGGAUGGCUUGUUACAGAGGUUUGGGUCCUAGGUGGGCAUCAAUGUCGAUGUCUGCAACAACAAUGAUCACUACUUAUGAGUUCCUCAAACGGCUCUCAGCGAAGAACCAAGAGGUUUUAACAUAAUGAAGAAUAGGUUUAUGACAGCAAAGAAAGAAAAAAAAGGAUAAACUAAGAGAAGACGAGGUUCAUCUUUGCCUGUUUUCUGUUCUUUUCUUUUUCCACUUUUCACUGUUGUUUCUUCCCUUUUAGUUCUCACCACAAUGACUGCUUCAUCAGUGUAAGUCAUUGCAGGUUAUUACAUAAAUAAAAAGUUACUUCUAACACAUCUACUCUGUAUUUCUCAGUCACCAACCAUAUGCAACAGGCCUCAAUUUUACUUGAA